CAGACGGACCAGAGUUGUUGGCUGGUGUGGAAACACGGCGGAGCGCACAACUCACGGACUCUGUACAACACAACUCCAGCACAGAUGGAUAUUUACGUAGCAUUGUUAUUGUUUCUUCUUUUCACCAAACCAGCUAUUGGUUUCGGAUCAGACCAAGACUACCAGAUUGAUAUCAUCAGCGAACUUGACCUGGCGAAUGCCACUUAUGGAAUUACUCAAGUGGCAGGACUUCACAACGGCAGCAAAGCCUUCCUUUUUCGAGAUGUUGGGAGGGCAGUUCACGCCCCACCACACAUCACAGAAAAAGUGGUUCAACUGUUCAGGAGAAAAAGCGAAUUCACCUUCUUGGCCACCAUCCAACAGAAGUCCUCCACAUCAGGAGUCAUAUUCUCAAUCCACGAGUCCGAACACAGUUACUUUGAGCUGGAAAGCAGCGGUGUGAGAGAGGAGAUUCGCUACCACUACCGCUUUAAGGGCAAGCCACGAUCUGAAUCAUUCCCCUACCGGCUUGCUGAUGGACAGUGGCACAAGAUCGCCAUCACCAUCAGCACCUCCCACCUCCUGCUGCACGUCGACUGUAACAGGAUUUAUGAGCGGGUGAUAGACCCUCCUCAGAUGGAGCUGACCUUAGGCAGUGGAGUGUGGCUAGGCCAACACAGCCACAAGCAUGGUCUGUUCAAGGGCAUUAUUCAGGAUGUGAAACUGAUCUUUGCUCCAAAUGGCUACAUCACACAGUGCCCUAAUCUUAAUCGCACUUGUCCGACCUGCAGCGACUUCCUCAGCCUCGUGCAGGGCAUCAUGGACCUGCAGGAGCUACUUGCUAAGAUGACCCUGAAGCUGAAUUAUGCAGAGUCUAGACUGACCCACCUGGAGGGCUGUCACUGUGAGAGGACCUGCAGCACCAAUGGCCUGGUGUACCGGGACAAAGAGCUGUGGGUGGAACCUGAAAACUGCAGGAAUUGUGUUUGUAAGAAUGGUGUGGUGGAGUGUCGCAGGGUCUUCUGUCCUCCAGCAAAUUGCUCAGACAACAUGCUGCCUGUACAUGUUGAUGGGACUUGCUGUAAAACAUGCCGACCUCAAUGUGCCUACUUGGGACAGACGUUUUCUGAGGGUCAACAUUUUCUAUCCAGGACAUGCAAGGAAUGCAAGAAUGGCUUGAUGGUGAAAGUUACAGAAACAUGUCCGGAGAUUAACUGCACCAUCGGUGAGCAGAUCUUACCAGAGGGCAGAUGCUGCAAUGUUUGCAGAGGUUAUGACUUCUGUGCAGAGGGACUCAUUUGUGGAGAAAACUCAGAGUGUAAAAACAGGAAUACUAAAGCAGAGUGUGAAUGCAAGAUCGGCUAUGCCUCCAUCCAUGGGGAUUCUACUUAUUGUGAAGAUAUCGAUGAGUGUGCAACGCAGAUGCAUUACUGCCAGUCCAAUACAAUGUGUGUGAACCUUCCUGGAAGUUAUCGGUGUGACUGUCUACCAGGCUUCACCAGAGUGGAUGAAUACUCCUGCACCGAGCAUGAUGAAUGUGCCAGUGGCCAAAGCUUUUGUGAUGAGAACGCCAUCUGCACCAACACUAUCAGAGGACACCUGUGUACCUGCAAGCCGGGCUAUGUGGGGAAUGGCACCAUCUGCAGAGCUUUCUGCGAAGAUGGUUGCCGGAGUGGAGGAUCCUGUGUGUCUCCAAACACAUGUGUUUGUCCCUCGGGAUUUACCGGGCGCCGCUGUGAAACAGAUAUAGAUGAAUGUACAGAGGGCCUGAUCGAGUGCCACAACCACUCUCGCUGUGUCAACCUACCCGGCUGGUACCACUGUGAAUGCAGAAGUGGUUUCCAUGACAAUGGAUCCUACCAGCUUGAUGGAAGCUCUUGCACUGACAUCGAUGAGUGCAGUUUGCAGACACACACCUGCUGGAAUGACAGUGUGUGUGUGAACCUCCCUGGAGGCUAUGACUGCAUGUGCACAUCUGGUCCAGGCUGCAGCAGUAACUGCCCACAGGACGAAGUUAUAAGACGCAAUGGAGAAGAUUGGAAACCCAUCUAUGAUCGCUGUGCUUUAUGCUCAUGCAAGGAUGGACAGACGUUCUGCAGGAGGAGACCCUGUGACUGUUCAGACCCAGAUGAGGACCUGUUCUGCUGUCCUAGCUGUGACAACAGACCCACUAGUCAGUGUCUGGACCAGAGUGGACGAACGCUGUACCGCAGUGGAGCGUCUUGGCUGUAUGGUUGCCAGCAGUGCCGCUGCAUGGAGGGGGAGGUUGACUGCUGGCCUUUAGUUUGUCCUGUGUUAUUGUGCGAAUACACAGCAGUGGCACAGGGUGAAUGUUGCCCGCGUUGCGUCACCGACCCCUGCUUGGCUGACAACCUGUCGUACGACAUUCAGCAGGCAUGCACAGACCCCACAGGUGUCACUCGCCUCAGCGGGGACACAUGGCAUAUGCCUCAGUCACCCUGCACUACCUGCAAGUGUAAGAACGGGAAAGUUUGUUGCUCUGUGGAUCUCGACUGCCUUCAGAACAACUGAAACUUUUUUCCUCCUCAUCUCCUCUCGCUAUGGGACUGUCACUCGGCCUCCUCCAUCAGACAACUUUCGCACUGGAUCCAUAAGACAGACUUGCACACAAAUGUGUGCAUGACAGUGUGUGCACAGAAAACACACACGGGACAGAAUUUGGGUGUCGAAGUGGCGACUUUCCGCCGCAACUCUGACGUUAAGCAGCAAGCAAGUGUGUGUGUGAGACUCAGGUAAAGAUCUGAGAUCAUUGUCAAGUCAACGUGUUGUGUGUGUCUUUGUGUUGUUUUUUUUUUUAUCCCUUAAUGUCUUAGGAAUAUGUGUGCAAAGUCAAACAACCAAUCACCGACAAACAGCAGUUCACAUGCUUCAGUGCUCCAUCCAUCUGUAUUUCCUGAAUAUUGGUUCACUCUUUCUUGGUCACCUUAAAACAAGAUGUCAUAAAAAUGUGUUGCUGUGGUAACAAAAAGAAAAUGGGUUCACUUUUAAUGUUUUGUCUUAUUGAAAGGAUUGGUAGUUUUAUUAAAACCACAGAAUGUUAAGAAUAUGAUCGGAGAUCAAUUUCUAGUACAGCACGCAGCUUUUUUGUUGAUGGCUUUUUCAAAGUUGGUAAAUUAUCUUGCUCCUGUUUUAAGCAGAGAAAAUAAUACUUUUUGAUGUCGUUAACAUUUUGUUCUAUAAAAAAUUUCAUAAUGUGAACAUCAAAGCUUAUUCAUAAAUCUCUUGGCUCCAUUCUCAGAUUUUAUGUCUCCCAUUUUCAUCAUAGAGGUGACUACAACCUGUAUGCCAUAUAUUUUCUCUAAUCUUGCAUUUUUCUUCUUGCUUGGUAACUUCACUUUAGUGUAUGAAAAUUAACUAAUAAAUAAAGGAGGGAAAUAUCUUGAUAUAUUUAUUACAGCUGAAUAUUACCAACAUACAUUUUUGUUGUAGGUCUAUUGUUCUUUGGAUAAACAUCAAAAGGCUUUUCGUAAAGUUUUAACCUGCUGAUGACAGGCAUACUCUAUUAAUGCUCCAAGUGAAGGUGGUGGACAUUCAGAUCUGCACAUUAAGAUCUGCUCACUUUAUAGGUUAUGAAUAAACCAGAAUAAACCACAGCCUUCACAGUUUCAAGUCUCUCAACUGGUGGCAUAUUUUUUCCAAUCCCUCCACACUUCUGCCUCAAAUACUUCCCCCUCAGCAUCACUGUCAUCUCUCUGAUGAUAAUGACCAGAUGCUAACAUUUAACAAGAACACAGACAUUAUCAAGUCCAUGUGAUGUGUCACAACCACUUCUUGCAGGUCAGAACAAACAUCAGCCCAAGCUGUUGAUUAAAUCAGCACAGCUAGCGAUGGGCUGGACUCCUCCUGCAUCUCCCAGGACUCUGCUGCCUCAACACCAUAUGGCACAAAGAAAGGCAGAGGAACAAAAAUAAGGGGGAAUAAAUAGAAAGCUGGAGAGAGGGGGGAUAAUUAAAGCCCUGUCAUGCAGGCCUGGAUUUGAGUAUGCCAAAAGGUCACCGAGUGUUGAAUCUGUUUACAGACAGCUAUGGUUAAUAAGGCAGCACAGUCCAGUGCUUCUACUGCUACUGUUCUGACACCUCACUGCUUUCCUGCCUCACUUCUGUGUUUCAAAACCUCUCUUCAGUGUCACCAACUUUGUUCAGAGUGUAAAUGUUUUCUCCAAAGUCUCAGUGUUGUUGUUGACACUGUACUCCAUUACAAAUAUUACAAUGUCCAGGAAUUGGGAUAAAUCAGGGCAGACACUAAAAGCAUGUGGCUUAUGUUGUAAUCAUGGUACAAUAACACAGAAGUUGCAGGUUUACUGUAUCAUUUCAGAUUUUCUAUGCAUGUAACUGCAGGUCAUGCAGGUCAGAAGUCUGUUUAGGCAUGUCCCUGCCAGUUUCAGAUUGAUUUAUUUUUUCCCCAUUCUUAUUUGUAAAACAGCUCAGGUUCAAUUAGUUCAAAUGAAAAGCAUCUGUGAUUAGCAGAUUUUAAUUUUUAAUUCACAUAUUCUCAAUUGGACCAAUUGAUGAUCUGAAUUACUAUCCUGUCAACAAAUUCUUCCAGCUGAGUGAGCAAUGCUGCCCUGUUUCUUGGUCUUGCCCAGUAAUGUUUUUAACAUACCUCUGAGGACUUCACAGAAGAGCUAGAUUUAAACUGAGAUUAAAUAAAACAAAGAUAAACUAAAUAGGAGGCUUCUGAAGUCAGUUAGUUGAACUGGGUUUAAUGUGGGUGUAUAAGAAUAAACCAGGCUGAAUAAUUAAAAUUUCCCUUUUUUGGUUUUAAUUUGAAAAAAAUUGGAAAGUUUUUUUAUUGUUAUUAUAAUUUGUAGUAGAUUUUUAGUUACCUUUGAGUUACUUUGUAUUGGACUAUCACAUAAAAUCUUAAUGAAACAUUUUGAAUUUUGCGGUUGUAAUGUUUAGAAAUGUGAAAAAGUUUAAAAGGUAUAAAUAAUUUUACAAAGUACUAUAGGUGAGAAUGCAUUUUACCCAGAAUUAAAUACAAAAAUCCACUUCAUUUGGCUUCUGCUAAUAACCUUUAGUUACUUAAAAAACUGUUGUGCUGCCAGUCAACCACCAUGCAGGCAUGCUGCUUUUGUUUUUACAGUACACCAUUUUGGAUAUCACCAGCAUGCUUGUCUUUUCCCAUUAUUUUUUAACACAAUACAUGUUAUAAAAAGGAAACUGUCAGUUGUGAAGACAGCACACACACACAAGGAAAUGCAGUUAAUGUGAACUAUCUAUAUUAACUGAAUGCAGAAAUUUGUAUAAAAUCUCAAUGUUAACAUUUUAAGAUAUCUCUGUUGACUGAUUUGAUAUAAAAUAACUGAUGUACUACACUAUUUGUAAGUCUGUGUGUAAAUGUUUUACAUACUGACAAAAUAAAAAAAUAUUUUUGUGUUCUUAGAUAAAUUGUGUUAAUUUAAGUUCACAAAUAUUUUUCUUUUUUGUAUAAGUUCAUUUUUGCUGUAAAUACUGUGUAAAGGGUGAUGUAAAAAAAAUACGAUUAUGUGAAUAAUUCUCACUAUCACAGCUUCUUAGGAUCUGAGUGUUGUAAGUUAAAUAAGAGAGAAGCAACAUUUCUAUUGUUUUUACUAUUUCUUUAUUUUUAUAUUCUUGCCUUAACCCUUUCUCAUAUCCAUUAGUUUAUCUUUUUCACUGUUAUGGGAUUUGAUUUGUCUGUAUGUGUAUAUACAAAUGCUUCAUUAAAACUCAACAGAAACAUACUUUUGACAUGAACACAAACAUGCAAUUCUUUGCCAGCUAAUAAGAAGAUGGCGUGGACUAUUCUUUGAAUCAAUAUUAUUUUUUCCCUAACACAUUUAAAUAUUCUGAACUUAAUUAUGUGUUCACUUGAACCACUAAAUAGAAUUGUAUACAUAUGCUUAUUUGACUUUGCUUGUUUUACUUCAUAUUAAGAAGCCAUCGUUGUGUUACUGCAUUCUUUUAUUUUUUAAAAAGAAAGCAUUUCAAAAUCUUCUAGAGAUUGAUGUGAUGUUUUUCAUAAAAGACCGCCAUGAAGAAAUCAUUAGGUUUGCUCAUUGUCAGAUCAAAUUGCCCAAUGUAGUUUUACUCAAAGGGUUAAGUGUCAUUUAAAGACUGUGUCGUGAAAACAAUUUGCUGUGAACUAAUUCUUCCGUUAAUAAAUUCUUAAGUUGUUUACUUUA